ACAUAAUAUUCCGAAAGCUCCUAGUUCGAACUUCGAAUUUGAACCACUCACGAAAAACUUAAGUUCAUCGUGGCCCUAACGUGACGUGUAAAUUAGAAGUUUGUUUUAGAAUGGCAAUUUCAUCACCUAGACCAGCAUUCAAUCGUCAAGUCCUGACUCCUGCCGCAACGGCAGGGUAGGUUUGAGAUGACAUACUGAUCAGACGUAAUAAAGUUUCACGCCUACCUUGACAUCGUUGACUGAGACAUGAAAACUCGGAAUGUUUUUCAUUGGCUGUCCAACAAGCAAGUACUGUCAGUUGGUCUCUCUUCAGCUACUCAGAGGCACUUUUCGGACAAUAUCUGGGCUCAAAAGCUGGAUGUACAGCUGAUGAAAGAAAUUGAGUCACGCUGGAGUAAAAAAGUCAACUCAAGGCAAUUAGAUGGGAAGAAUGAAGCUAAAGACAAGUACUAUAUACUACCAAUGUUCCCUUACUCAUCAGGAGAUUUUCACAUGGGCCACAUCAGGACUUAUGUAAUCAGUGAUACAUUAUCUCGAUUCCAUCAGAUGACAGGAAAAAAUGUACUGCAACCAAUUGGCUGGGAUGCAUUUGGUCUCCCGGCAGAAAAUGCUUCGAUUGAACGUCAUAUUCCAGUUGAUAAAUGGGCAAAGAGUGACGUUGAGAACAUGAAAUCCCAGCUUCAGAGUUUUCGGUUUAAUUUUGACUGGGAUUUAGAAAUUAACACUUGCUUUCCAAAUUAUUAUAGAUGGACGCAACACAUAUUCUUAAAGUUAUUCCAUGCAGGUCUCGUGUAUCAAAAAGAAGCCCUAGUCAAUUGGGAUCCUUUAGAUGAAACUGCACUGUCUGAUGAACAAGUUGAUGAAGACGGUAAAUCUUGGAGAACAGGUGUCAAAGUAGAAAAAAAAAUUCUGAAACAAUGGUUUGUCAAAACAACCGCUUUUGCCAAAAGUCUGUAUGAUGGCCUUGACGAAACUGUCCUAAAUAAAGCAAAUGAUGUUCAUGUCAUGCAGAGGGACUGGAUAGGCGAAUGCGAUGGCUAUAGUUUCAACUUCAAUCUGGCCUCAGGGAACCAUAAAAUGCAAAAAUUCAUCACUGUUUGGACACGGCACCCAGAACAUCUCAACAAUAUUCAGUAUCUCACUGUUUUGCCUGGAAGCAUGCUGGACCAUAUGGAACCAACUCAAGAUUGGAAUAAAAACCGCCGCCUCUCAAUUCAAGCUGCAAACCCUAUCAAUGGUAGCACUAUCCCAAUUUUUGUCAAUGACACUGUUACCUAUGAAGAGUGCCAGGACGUCAAAGCUGGCAUUCCAGAAAUUUUCCUAGAAGAUCAUGUUUUUGCUCAGGAAAAUGAGAUUGAGAUCAAAAAAAUUGACCCUGUAUUCUCAACUAAAGAGGAGAUUUGUAACUAUGCUAUGGAGAAGAAUAUUGGUGGCUACCCUGUCAGCUCAAAAUUAAAAGAUUGGCUGAUAUCGCGACAAAGGUAUUGGGGGACUCCGAUUCCUCUUGUUUUCUGUAGCAAUUGUGUUGGCCCUCAGCCUAUUCCGUAUGAUCUGCUUCCAGUCCGUUUGCCGCAUACAAACAAAAUAAACAUGAAUACAAGAGCAAUCACUCCCUUGGAAAGUGCAAGUAGCUGGGUUCGUACGAAAUGCCCCAGCUGUGGUGGGCCGGCAAAGCGCGUAACCGAUACUAUGGACACAUUCUUUGAUUCCAGUUGGUAUUACCUCAGGUAUCUGGAUGUUUCCAAUGAGAAAGUUCCUUUCGACCCCAAAGUAGUGCAGAGUCUUCUCCCUGUGGAUGUGUACGUUUGUAGUAAAGAACAUGCCAUUUUGCACCUAUACUAUGCAAGGUUCAUGAGCCACUUUCUUCAUUCUAUUGGCUGGGUGCCAAAUAAAGAGCCUUUUCAAAAGCUUCUCACCCCAGGGAAGUUGAAAGCCAAGACUUACAAAUUUGAGCGUAGUGGAGACUACGUAAAAAAAUCUGAAGUGAAAGUUGCAGGACCAGGGUCAGGACCAGGACAAUUGCAUGGUUAUCACAAAGCAUCAAACGAGAAAGUGAAAAUUAACUGGGAGGAAAUGAGUGAAUCAAAAAGAAACAGUGUGGAUCCUGCUCAAGUGGUGGCAGAAUAUGGCAUUGACACAACUAGGCUCAUGGUUCUCUAUUAUUCGGCACCCACACAUGACAAGCUGUGGAUUACUGGAGAAUUUAAAUCAAUCCUAGAUUGGCAGCGCAAAGCCUGGCAAAUCGUCAAGAAUUUUAUGAGGAUCCGUGAUAGGCAAACUCCUGUCAGAAGCAUAGACGAAGCUAAACUGCCAAUGGAUGAAGAGAUGAUGUAUAAUGAACGUAACAGCUUCAUCAAAUCUGUUUGGCACCUUUAUUCAGAACUGCAUCUGUUCAAUACUAUAAUUUCCAAAUUUCACAAAAUGUUUACUCUUUUAAGUAAUUGUUCCAAUGCAUCAAUCCGUUCUGGUAAAGAAUUUGAGCGAGCCCUCGCAGAAAUGAUCAUUUUAAUGGCUCCGAUGGCUCCCCACUUUGCUGCCCAGCUGUGGCAAGGUAUAGCCUUAGUUCCUUACAGACUCAAUGAGAAUGAGUUCAAUUGGUCUGGGACUGUUUUCGAACAGAAGUGGCCUGUUGUUGAUGACAAUUUUCCCAUGUACUUGAUUGUGCAGGUGGACAAUGAUAUGAAGCACCGGUUCACCAUUACUAAUGCUGAACUUCGACUGAUAACCAAAGAACAAGCCAUAGAGAAAGCUAAAAGUCUACCACGUCUGCAAGAGAUUCUUACAGUAGCCGAAGUCCUUGGAACUUCUUAUCAUGCAAUAGAGAAUUCUGAUCAUACUAUUAACUUUAAAACCAAGUUUAGUCAUAGGAGGAGUGAAUCUGAGUCAAUAAAACAAAGUUGAUUUUUCGCACUUG